AUGCGUGUCCCCUCUCUCAAGGUUCAUGGAUCUACGAAUACUGCAGGAGUAAUGGGAGUAAUGCAGGACAAUAUGACGUUGACUAAAGAAAUCAACAAUCUACGGAGAGACGUGUCACUCUUGAAGGACGAGCGAGCUGCAGAGGAGCGACUGAGUUUGUCUGAAAUCUCAGAGAUGCCUGGAUCGACAAUUGAGCACAAAUCUACUGAGAAGAGCCAGGAGGCUGACGUGGAGCGCAAGGCCCACAAUAUAUUGUCUGAUAUCGAACCCUUUUAUGGCAUCAUUACUGUAGCUUCACAUUUCGAUGAUGAGUCAUAG